AGUGGCCUGCCUGGUGGGGGUUCAAGGGUUUUAUAUUUCCCCCCCUUAUAGGUUUCAAGAUUCCCCUGCUGGAUCUUGGACAAGAGACUAGAUUUCCAGGUCCCCCUUUUACAUUGUUGUAGCUUUCCCCCAAAUUUAUGAGAACAUUUCACAAUUUUAUCUUGGCAAGUCCCAAGAUUGCUGACUUCUUCAUUCCGUGGGUGAGAAAAAUUCCCUCUUUCCCUACCCCCUUCCCCUCCUUCUGCCCUAGCAGCCAUCUAUCCUGCCUAACAAUACCAUACACCCCAACAACUCUGGUUGGUGACCCUUUAGUCAGUGAUAACUUUAGUUUAGUCGGUCACAGUCAGUAUGUUAGAAAAAAUAAAGAACAGAAUUUAUCAGAGUGUAUCUCGUCUAGAUUUUGAUAAGACUUUUAUUUAUAUGCCUGAAGUCCUAUAUAUCCUGGUGCCUUAUAAAAUGUAUUUCUUACCGUGGAUCUUGGUUAAAAAGGUUUAACAGUCUCUGCUUAGAGAAGACUCCAGGUGCACUAGGAGGCUUGUGUGAGGAUGCUCAUGGCAACUUUGUCUGUAAUGCAACCCACUGGGAGCACCCCAAUGUCCACUGACAGGAGAGGAUGAUUGAACUGUGCUACAUUCCACAUGAUGUGAAUGAACACGAAUCCACAUGGAACCUAAUAUUGGGCAAACAUCAUCAAGUUGUACAAUGUCACCUGGACACAUGUCUCACAGAGGAGCACAUGACGUGGCUUUAAGUACAGGUGUUUGUCUUCCUGGGCUGGGUCAGCGGGAAAACGAAACUCUUGAUCACAGAAGGUUGGGCCUGAGGCAGCAGCACGCAGACACACCUGCACAGGAGGAUGGCUCUGUCACAGGCCAAACCAAAACCUGGAGACCUGAUUGAGAUUUUCCGCCCUGGCUACCAGCACUGGGCCCUCUACGUGGGGAAUGGCUACGUGGUGCACCUGGCUCCUCCAAGUGAAAUCGCGGGAGCGGGGUCAGCCAGCCUCAUGUCCGCCCUGACCGACAAGGCCAUAGUGAAGAAGGAGCUGCUGUCCGUGGUGGCCGGGAAAGACAAGUACCGUAGACUCCCUCCGGCUCCCUCCAUAAACGAGUGGGUGCUGCUAGGACUGAAAUGCCUGCGGGAGAAGCAGAAGGCUGCCAGGAGAAGGGACUGUCCAGCCAACCUCUGA